UUUCGAGCAGUCGAUCGAUCGAUCGGGAUUUGCAUGGGAAUCGACAGGCUGCAGUCGAUAAAACCCGUCUGCAUCAACUCCGGCAACGUCAGUGCACAAUGCGUCCAUUCUGCAACCUCUCGGUACUUGUUACCAUUAUUUACCUUUCUUCCACAUUCUCGGUGAACGAGACCAAGGAAAACCCCACAUCGUAUACGGAAUGGGAGCAAUUAUUCAACGACCUCCGAUCUUCGAUAUCUACGGGCAACAAUAAUGUUGAUAAGCAAGUGAACGACAAAUUCCAACGGCUCUACGAAUUUGUUCAAGCCAACUUCCAACAAUGCCAGCGCAAGGAAGAUGCUCCAUUUCAGUCCAGGGCACUGAUAGCCGAAGAAAAUCCGACCUCGUCAAUAGACCCGACAAAUUCAUCGAUCCACUCCAGCAGAGGAUACUUCUUGCCUUCUCGAUCUAGCAAUAUCGCUAAAUCCUGCGUUUUGAGAUUAGUGAGAUUAGAUCCAGAAACCGCAUGCCGUACAGCAUCCCUGCUAAACCAGAUAUCGAAUCUCCUGCCUAAGAUGCAGGAAUUAGGAAAAAGGAGGUCUUCGCCAUGGCAAGAGUACGUCUUCCGUUUUUUGGUGACCCUGAGAAGUUGGUCCUCAAAUACUGCAGUCGGUCUCCUGACAGCCCUGGUGCAGGGUUUCAAAGCAGUCCUGGCAGAUCCGGAGAGUGCGUACAUAAAGAAAAAAUUCUCAGAAGCAGACUUUCAGCAAGGAAAUGCUCAAGAAUGCGUUCUGUAUCUGCUAAAGCAGAACUACGACGCCUGCACAGUAGUCGAGAAAAUCGAGACCCUGACUCUUCUCCUGUCCCUGAAGUGUGCCCACGAACGAGACACGGACACCUUAGGGUUGAUCAUCUACUCAAUCAGGAUCCCGGAAAUUGGGCUGAACCUUGUGAGGAUCCUGGAGGCGAUUCUGUGCUCGGUGUCGAAGAAAGUGAAGAAUACCCACGCGGCCUUUUUGCCAAUCUUCCGGAAAGUCUACCGGGAGAAUUCUAAAGACCUGGUGGAAGGAAGGAGCGGUACCGAUGGAGUUUCGAAAAACGAGAGCGAAAUCGUCGUCACGCUUCUCGAGAGUCGGACGAAGGAAACAGCUGUUAGGAGUCAAAAUUUCGAUGAUACCUUUGAUGAGGAGGAGUUGAGAUUGAUUUCGGAAAUUCACGGUAGAAGCCCUAGAUCCUUGCAGAGGUAUGGAAGAAAUCUUGAAGGAAGUAAGGCAUUGGACUUGGAUUCUAAGGAAAGGGUUGAAGAAGAGAGGAAAUCGGACGUUGGGCUUGAGGAGGGUCGGAUCGCUGAGACGCUCAUAAAUGAUGGGGAUCUUCAGGGAUCCACGGAGUCCAGCCAGGAGCCUGGGAAAAAUUCUGAGCCUGGAAGAGAUUCAUCCCUUUCUAAAAAUGGAACCUCCGACUCGAAACGAAGAUCGAGAGCAGUCGAUUCCAAAGAAUCUAAGGGCACCGCAAAAGACACCAGCAUGGGAGUCGUCAGGUACGUAGAUGGUCCUACAGUGGGUGAGAAUUUUCAGAGGUCGAUAAAAAAAAGGAGCUACGAGUCCAAAAAACCCAGGCAGAGAAGACAGGAUCUUCGGGAAGGACUCGAUUACGAAGACAAGGAACUCAGACAUCUAGUCAAACGUGACUUCGUCGACCAGCAGUUCGAUAACGAAACUCUCCAAAAUGAAGUGGCCUCCAGAAGAUACGACGACCUGUUUCUGAACGUAGAACACCCGAACGGUCGACAAUGUGCUCUUCGUCUGAUGGAUUCCCACGAAGACGUGUGCACGUUAGUGAAGGGACUGACCCUGUUGAUGAACGGGUUGAAGCAACUUCAAAGGGAAUUUCAAAACGGUAAUCAUCGUCUGAUCUCCGAUGUCUAUCUGUACCUGGACAGAUCGUACACUGUAACAAAAUUGUUAAUUAGAGCUGGAAGCACCGUGAACGGCAUAAUCAGAGACUUCCAAGCGGCGAAAAGGCGACCGUUACCCGAUAACAAUGUGAACUCCUACUAUUAUCCCUAUUGUUCAGACCUUAGGAAAAAAAGGUAUACGUCCGUGCAUAAUUUGGGUCAAUCCAGGGAACCUUUCUUCGUUUCCAAGGAUCCUACGACGUGUGCUCUAAGUCUAUUAACACUCGAAAUUGACGUGUGCAGUAUCGUCGAGGAGUUGAAGGAACUGAAUGUCCUCCUUGCUCUGAGAUGUACCAACUGGGCGACUUCGACUCGAGAUACCAUUCAACUUCGCUACGAUUCCUUGACUUUGGACACGUUUUUAGAUGUCGUUAUCAACAGUGUGUCGAGAUCUAUCGAACGCCUCCCGACUCCUUUACAGGGUAUCUAUCGAAGAACCGCUUAUCGCAUCUCCCGCAGGAGAAAUUUGAGUUUACGAAGAAUGGAGGAAUUGGGCAGAAGACAACAUUUGGAUGAAGCUGCGGAAGUUAGAAGAUCGUUUUAUGAGAAGGCAAAGGACGACAUCGUAGACCCUGCUUAUUUCGAGGACGACGCAAAAGACGAGAGUGUCCAAAAAUUGAUGUCUAAUAUCGAUGAAGUCGCGGCUAGGAUAGGGUUGGAAAAUCAGAAAAGCUAUGAAAAUGUGGGAACCAUUGAUAGCGAAAAAGGUAGGAUUGUUGCGAGUAGCAGGAGAAAUGAAUUUAAUGCCGUGAACGAUGUAGUCGUGGCCAGGACAGAGUUAAACAAUAAGGAAAGUGCAAGUAAGCCCGACGAGAAAGAGAUAAUUCAGAAAGUGGGAAGGAAUAAAUUCGUGGGAUAGGAGAAGCAAUAGAUAAUUCCUUCGAAGACGCCGCAUUUAAAGUCGAUUAGCUUUCUUGAGACCAUUAUCUAACGAACCACCCUUUGACGAUCUGCUAAAGUAAUGUGACCACUACAGAUUGUAUCUUAUUUUUGUAAUCGACAUCAUUUUCUGAAUAAACUGACACAACUGUGCAAAAUUUAUUUCCUUGAUACAUUAUGAAAAUAAAAAUGAGAUGGAACACA